AUGGAUAUCAAGAAAUCGAUAAUGGAAGUGAGUGAACGGGUUGAUAAUUUGAAGGUAAGAUUAAAUGCUCCUCACUUUCUCUAGUAUUCAUUCAUUCAUUUCACCAUGCAAGGUAAAUGUCAACAAUUGGCCAAUUUCUUUAUUUUACAUUUUUGACCACGUGAUAAGUCACGGUAUCUUAAUUAUAAGUUGAGGCACAAGGAUACCAAAAGAUUUCCAUUCGGCUAAAUUUCACCCCGCUCUAGGUAUCCUAGCGAUAGCUAUUGCCAAUCUUACAUUUUUUCCGUACACGCUUUUGACUCAGGCCUUUUACCCGCAUCCCCCUUCCCUCCCCUGCCUGGCCCCACAACCCACACCCAACUUCUCUGUUGUUAGGAUUUACUGUAUAUUGUUGGUUCUUAGGCUCUUACAAAAGAGGUCAUAUUCUGCCCAAUUUUUCAUGACUGAAACUGUGAACUGAUCUGAAAGUGAAGGCUUUGGUGUAGUUUUAUCCAGUUGUAUGCUUUGUGCUAAUAUUAUGUUGUGACCUGUAUCCUGUGUUUGCAGACUGCCGUUCACGAGAAGUCUAAAAAUGUCAAAGAUCUGAAAAAUAUCCUCGACUCAGUUCGUGAAGAUAUCAAGAGAGAAAUCAAAGAUAUGACUCGUACAAUACUAAAGGGAAUAGUUCACCAUGAAGCAAAAGACGUUAGGGACCCACUGGGGGGAAAGAACCACUCGAAGGACAAACACAGUUCCUUAGCUGCCAAACCUCACUUCACGGCGUCUGAGGGUGAGUUGCAUACUUUCUACCUAACAAAACUAAGCAAAUGAAAAAGGUUCGUGGUUUACUUUUGGCUACGCUGACACGGCACAGGACAAACUGAAUUUUCGACUGGUUGAAAAUUCGUGCGUUUAGGUGUUGCGUUCACACGGAACCACCUUGCCGCAUGAAAAUUCAGACGCCUAGCCAUUUAAAGUUCCGUGUGAACAGAGCGAAAAUAUUGAACCGGCCGGUGUGAACGAAGAGACAAGUCAGAUUUUUCAGCCGCUCGAAAAUUCGUCCUGUGCCGUGUGAACGUACCGUAUUUAUUCCAUUAACCGCCCUGGGCGCUUAAUAAAUUUUUGCACCUUGAGAGUGGACGCUUAUUUUCAGCAAGUGAAGUAUGUUUAUUUUGCAACAAAACAAUAAAUGCUAAUAACAAAACAAAACACGAAGAAGUAACAAAGCAAGGUUUCUGUAAAAUACUCUGAAGAAAACUCCGUCCUCGGGGAAGUCUCUUAUUGGAACUUAUAUUCACUUAAGUGAGUGGGGUGGGGGUGAGCGCUUAUUUGAGUUUGAUUGGGGGGAGGAGGUGGUGGGCGCUUAUUAACUUUUUCUGCCUUAAGGUUGGGCGAUUAUUCGAGGUGCGCACUAAUUCGAGGUUGGGCGCUUAUUCGAAUAAAUACGGUAGUCUCAUACAAUAAAGUGAAUGCUACGCGCGGUGUGAUUGGACGUCUAACUAUGACCUAAUAGGGUAGAGCAGACACACACGGAUGGUGAGGUGGAUUUCUUCCUUCGUCAGCACUAUUGCUUACCUUGAUUUGUCAUCUACUUGGUCUAUUUAACAAAUAGAUUCAAUGUUGCCGUGCGUCUGUCCAUCAAUAUACAGUGGAAGCUCGAUAUACCGAAGGGCCAAGAGACUGACAUCGAGGUUUUGUUGUUUCGGUGUUCUUUUUCAUAUAUUUUACUGUUACUGAGGUAAAGAAAAUCGUUCCCUAUACCGAGGUCUUGGUUAUAUAGAGGUUCGUUAUAUCGAGGUUCCAUGCACUGUAGCAAAUCACAGAUGACGUCAAAAUGUGGUAAAAUCAAAGAAGUGGCAAAACUGAUGGACAACCGGUUGCAGUGGUAUGGCAAUAUCUACACUAAGAAAAUAGAUAGACCAUGCAAAAAGUACGGCGAGAGAGGAUGCUAUGAGAUUCAUAAAGUCAAUGAGUUCAGCCCAGUACUUAAAAUAUUUAUAUCGAACAUGCAAACACGUUUAUCCAAAAACUGUCAGAUAUUUAAUUUAGAGAGCUUAAGGUGACUCGACCCAGUUUUUUGGGGGGGUACCAUCCUACUUUGAAGCUCUCUGGUAUCACCACCUUUACUUUUAUCGUAAGUCUAACACAUAGAAUAGAGAGCAUAUAGAUCAAUGUACAAUAUAACAUAAAAUUUUUGGCGAUCGGAGUAAAUGUCACGUGGUUAUAAUGCCCCGCCCCUUUGAGGUCUGAGUCGAAAAUCUGCUGUUGCCGGCAUUUUUUUGUGAAAAUCUCUCGGCUACACAUAGUGCGCAUUAGUGCCUUGCGCUGAACAGGAUUUCACCAAAAUCGCAAAGACCCAAUUCGAGAAAUUCAGCGGUUUCCAAAUUUAGGUCAUAAUUUAUGCGAAAAUGAUAAGCAAACUUUACACGGAUUAUAUCUAAUAAACUAUGAGAUUCAUCUCUUUAUUUUGGGCAUCGUUAUAACAGAUGGGUCCUUGCAAGUCAGCAAAACGCUUUAGGGCCUUGUAAAUGCGCGCGAUUUCGAGCAAAGCAAACAUAUAGUAAUUACAGUUUUCGCUAUUUGUUGACGUUUGUCAGCAUUUAAGAGUCCUUCUCACGAAAAAAGCAUUUUCUUAAAAAUUCGUAGUUUUUUUUCCUUCACAUUUUUUCAGGGCCACGAUUGUUUAACUAACUACGCGGACUCUGAAUUUCAUGGUCAUUGAAAAACUGUGACAUUAUCUUCUAUAAGCCCAAACUUGAGUAAACAUUGAACAUUUUUAGCGUUUUGGCUGAGUUUGUGCUUUGGGAGUUGUCUAUUGUUUCUAGACUGUCAUUAUACAGCAUUCUUGUUCAGCACGCGUGCAAUGACCGCGCUUGGCUGACUUCCGAAUGCUCACCGAGAUAUUCCCGUCACGAGUUGGUUUAAUUAUUGGCUUGCAUUAAACCUAUGAAAAAAUGAUAUUUUUUUAAUAGUAAGUAGAUUUAGUGUGUAGCACUUCUUGAUUUUUUUGCAAAGGCACAAGAAGCACGAGAAUUGAUUAAAAAUUGUGAGUUAAACCUCUAUGUAUCACGCAAUGGCCUGUCUCACUGUACCAAAAUUAUCAGAUCUCGGUGGGCAUUCGGAAGUCAGCAGUCAGUCGGAUUUUCACCUCAAAGGGGCGUGGCAUUAUAACCACGUGACAUUUACUCCGAUCGCCAAAAAUUUUAUGUUAUAUUGUACAUUGAUCUAUAUGUUAUCCAUUCUAUGUGUUAGACUUACGAUAAAAGUAAAGGUGGGGAUACCAGAGAGCUUCAAAGUAGGAUGGUACCCCCCCCCCCCAAAAAAAAAAAAAAAAAAAAAAAAAAACUGGGUCGAGUCACCUUAAGCAGCGGACGUUCUUGAGGUCACGGACGUCAGGAAGAUUGCGUCCGGCAGUCUGGAUCGAGAACGGCGUUUGUGGUACUAAAAGCGAAGAUUGAGCAAUGCCUGGUUUUUGGUCGAAUAAGGCGAGUAACGAACGGCUUGUCUGUGUAUACUUUCGCUAUUGAAAAUAUCAUCACUCAGAGCAUUUCGGAUUUGAGAAAGAUAUUUGUCGCUGAAAGGGACUCGUACCUCUUCUUUCGCCCAUUCUCAACCCUCUUAAAUAAGGCGUGAGUUCACUUGAAGAUGAUUCGCAUGGACGGGAAAUCGAGCAAAUUUUACGUAAAUCUGCGAUUUCUCCAAAAUUUGCCGAAAAUUUGGAGAAAUGGCAAAUUUUUCUAGAAUUUGAAAAUUCAAGUGCUCGAGGAGGUAGAAGGGGGCGCAACCAAAUAGGUGAUUUCUGCGAAAAUUUAAUUUAAAAAAUAGAGAAUUUGCAAAAUUUGCUAAAAUUGGAAAAUUCGGAUUCGUGAAAAAUUGGGGAAACCAGCGGAAGUUUACGGUACCUGAUCAAUUUUAAAAAAUGCCAUAGUCUAGUAUGUAGAUGUAUAGUAGAGUCAAUGCCCAUGAAUAUUUAAAAAGGACUUUCCAUCAACAAUAGAUUGUGUUAAGUGGGGGAAGGGUGGAAGGGUCUAAGGGUCUGAAAGAAAAACAGGGUCAAUGGAUUUAUAAUUAGGAACACUGGCGCCAUAUGGCCUCAAUAAGAAUGACGGCUUCUAUAUUUUUAGAACACGUUCGAGUGAAUGCAAAGGAUUAAACGGACAUCUGCUGAAGAGAAUAAGUUCUAGGUCAAUUUGACUUUGAGAAAAUAGGGCAAUCCCGAGUUCCAAAAACCCUCACUUUCAAAGUAACGCCAAGUGCACAACCUUUCUUUUGAAAAUGAGUUUUAUUUGCGUGAGAAUGAAAAAUUAUUUCCAUACCAAAGGCUGAGCACUUUACCUCGUUUUGAUACAUAUAAUUUAUGCCCCGGGGAACUCGCGGAAAUGGCCCAUUCUAGCAUAAGUUAACGAUGGGUUGAAUGCAAUCCCUUCGCCUAUACGCCCAAGCGCUUCAUAAUACAGGCGAACCUUUCCUUAAGAACACCUUUAAAAUAAGUCAUCUUUCUAUUGCGCACAUUCCUUUUCAUCCUUCAUCCUGAUAAAAGUUCACAGAAGUCGCUCGGUUUCUUCCAGAAAACAAGAAACUAGAAGAAAAUUCAGAUCCGCCAGAGACAACUUCACAAAGAAAACGCGAACAGAAAUCGUCAGAAUCACAGCAAUGGUCAUUAACAAAGCCUGCAAUGGCUCACGAGGAGCCACCUUCGGCAAAAUACACUGGAGGUAAGCAGCUAAUAGGAAGUGAAGAUACAGCGGUUAGUUUAAGAGACACACACGCUGAAAAAACAUUUGGACUACCUUUUGAUGAGAAAGUUAGCGGUCAAAGAACCCAUGAUUUUCAAGUGAGUUCAAGCCGACGCGUGCGUCUUCCUGGCAGUAAGCUUAUCUUUGUGAAAACGUUGGCUGGAAGAACGAUCACAGUAGAAGUUGAACCAAGUGUUAAUGUUCAGAGUGUCAAGGUGAAAACUGAAAGAAAGUUGGGGUUUCCCUUAGACAAACAAUAUCUCCUAUUCGAGGGCAAGAGACUGGAAAAUGGCCGACCUUUAAGCGAUUACAACAUCCCGACGGAAUCAGUACUGUACUUGGUUCCUACUUCUGGCAUGCAAAUUUUCUAUAGAAAGCUGACUGGAGGAGUUAUUUCUUUAGAAACUGAACCAUAUGAUACUAUUGAGAAUGUAAAGGUGAAAAUUCAAGAGAAGGAAGAAUUUCCACCAGAUCUACAACGUCUCUUUUUUGCCGGCAAAGAAUUGGAAGAUCAAUGCACUUUGAAUAAAUACAACAUCCAAAAGGAAUCAACACUGCACUUGCUACUUAGACCACGUGGUGAGAUGCCAAUUUUCGUAAAAACGUCGACUGGAAAAACAACAAAAUUCGAAGUUAAACCAAGUGAUACUACUUUGGAUUUGAAGGAGAAAAUUCAAGACAGGGAAGGAAUUCCAGCAGAUCUACAACAUCUCAUUUUUGCCGGCAAAAAAUUGGAAGAUCAAUACACUUUGAGUAAAUACAACAUCCAAAAGGAAUCAACACUGUACUUGGUUCUUAAACCAGUACGUCACAAUGGCAUGCCAAUUUUCGUAAAAACGUUGACUGGAAAAACAACAAAAUUCGAAGUUGAACCAAGUGAUACUAUUUUGCAAGUGAAGGAGAAGAUUCAAGACAAGGAAGGAAUUCCAGCAGAUCAUUUAAUAUGUCUCAUUUUUGCCGGCAAACAGUUAGAAGAUCGAUGCACUUUGAGUGAUUACAACAUCCAAAAGGAAUCAACACUGUACUUGGUUGUUGGACCAGUACGUCACAAUGGCAUAAAAAUUUUCUUAAAAACGCUGACUGGAAGAGUUAUUUCUUUAGAAACUAAACCAUAUGAUACUAUUGAGAAUGUAAAGUUGAAAAUUCAAGAGAAGGAAGAAUUUCCACCAGAUCUACAACGUCUCUUUUUUGCCGGCAAAGAAUUGGAAGAUCAAUGCACUUUGAGUAAAUACAACAUCCAAAAGGAAUCAACACUGCACUUGCUGCUUAGACCACGUGGUAAGAUGCCAAUUUUCGUAAAAACGUUGACUGGAAAAACAACAAAAUUCAAAGUUGAACCAAAUGAUACUAUUUUGCAAGUGAAGGAGAAAAUUCAAGACAGGGAAGGAAUUCCAGCAGAUCAUUUAAUAUGUCUCAUUUUUGCCGGCAAACAGUUAGAAGAUCAAUGCACUUUGAGUGAUUACAACAUCCAAAAGGAAUCAACACUGUACCUGGUUCUUAGACCAGUACGUCACAAUGGCAUAAAAAUUUUCUUAAGAACGCUGACUGGAAGAGUUCUUUAUUUAGAAACUGAACCAAGUGAUACUAUUGAGAAUGUAAAGGUGAAAAUUCAAGAGAAGGAAGGAAUUCCACGUGAUCAACAACGCCUUCUUAUCCCCCGCCUUGGUGAACUGACAGAUGACCGAUUUCUAAGUGACUACAACAUUCAGAAAGAUGAGGCACUGCAGCUGGUUCUUAGACUACGUGAUGGCAUGCCAAUUUUCGUAAAAAUGAUGACAGGGAAAACAACAACUUUCGAAGUUAAACCAAGUGAUACUAUUUUGGAUUUGAAGGAGAAAAUUCAAAACGAGGAAGGACUUCCCGCAGAUCAACUACGACUCUUUUUUGCCCGCAAACCGUUAAACGAUCAAUGCACUUUGAGUAAUUACAACAUCCAAAAGGAAUCAACACUGUACUUGGUUAAACGUAGAUCUUACACUACGUGA